AUUCACACACUUUAUAACCCAGCAAUUCUAGCAAUUAUAGUGACUUUACAAAUGCCAAGGUGGAAAAAGAACUGUGAACUCUGAAGGUAUAACAAUUCUGCUGGAGCUAAAGUUGGUGUAGAUUUUGGCUGUUGUUGCUACUUAAGUAGUUAGAUUAUCAAAGUCAGAGAAUUUGGUAAGCCAUCCUGGUGUGUUUUAUCCUCACUUUGCAGACAGGUAGUCGAAGGAGAGGACAAGUGUCUUGUUCAUGGCUUCCAGCAAGGUGGGUGAUAUAGGGUUCGUUGUCACAGUGACGAUUUUCCAGGCCCUUGUUUGCCUUACUAAGUUAAGGAAGAACUAAGGGUCAUUUUUUGUUCACUGUUUAUGUGAUGUGCCCCUGAACUCAGGCUCUGUAGCCAAUGAGCUAGAAGCUACUUGGGUAUUAGCCAGUAAUGAGCCCUACUUACUCUGUGUGGCAGUGAUAGACAUUAAAAGGAAUAUCAAGUAAUCGGUUUUUUAAAAAUUGCGGUAACAGUGUUCUUUGAAGGAACUUGGGAAUGUACUUCUAAAGAAAUUAUAAUGUAGAUUAAAAGAACAUAUAUAGCCAUUCAAGGAACACGUGCUAGUUCUUGAAGCAUAUGACAAAACAAAAAAAAACCAAACCGGUUGCUGUUGAGUCGAUGCUGAUUCAUAGUGACCCUAUGGUACAGAGUAGAACUGCCCCAUAGGGUCUCGAGGGAGUGGCUGGUGGAUUCGAACUGCCAACUUUUUGGUUAGCAGCUGUAGCUUUUAACCACUGCGCCACCAGAAGCAUACGGUAGUAGGAUUUAAUAGGGAUAAUCUUUGUAGCCGGCUUCACUUCAGAGGCCAGAAAAAUCACUGUGUGUUACACCAAGCAAACCUUCCCCUCCCCAACCCUCUCUUCCACUGCCCUGAACUUGAGAAACCAUAUGGGAACAUGACUAGGAGGCUUAACCCUCUGAAGCCAGUUCUUGGCCUGGGAGUGGCAGAAAUGGCCAGUUUGUCCUACGGGUACAGAGUGUGCUGGGAGGGGAGGGGAAAGAAGAGCCACCUACUCUCUUGUGGCUCCCAGGGAACCUAGAGCCUUGACACCAGAGCUUCUAUUUCUUAGAUUUUUUCAGAGGAAAAGGCAAAGCUAUGUAUGUUUAUAAACUCUUUUGUAUCUUAUAGAUUUGGGAACUUUUAUAAACUUUAUUACCAAAGAUCUUAAGUUCAGUGCCUCAAUUUGAAUCUUUUUUUUUUCCAAAAACAUUUUUAUUUUUUAUAAGUAAUCCUCAAAACAACCCUGCAAAGUAGGUGAUAUUAGGCUAGCCCCACUGUAAGGAUAAAUUAACUCACUCAUAUUUAUGUGUUCAUCCAACAAAUAUUUCUGAGGAACUAUUAUGGGGCAGGUACGUUCUGGGCUCUGGAGGUACAACAGGAAACAUAACAGAGAAAAAUCUGUGUCUUCCAAAUACUGUAUGACCCCACUUAUAUGAAAUAGAAUAGACAAAUGCACAGAAAAAUAAGUUUGGAUCUUUUUAAACAUAAAUAGUAUAUUGAACCCCUAUGUAUUAAUCACCCAGAUUGAGCAGUUGCCAAGAUUUUGCACCAGUUGCUUCAUAUAUCCUGGUUUCAUUUUUCUUUGUUAAAGUAUUUAAAAGCAAAUCCCAGAUAGUAUAUGAUUUCACCCCUAUAUCCUUCAGUAAGGAUCUCUAGAAAAUAUGGUCGUUUUCUUAUGUAAAUCAUAAUGCCUUUAUCACACAUGACGAAAUAAACCAUGAUUCCUCGAUGAUCCUAAUAUCCAGGUGAAAUCAAAUUGCCCUGAAGGUCUUUGUACUUUCAGGGAACAAAGAAUGUCUUUGCACAGUAAAUCUAUUUUAAUCAGUGUCCACAUGAAGUCCACUCAUCGCAUCUGGGUGUUGUGUCUCUUUAAUCUCAACCUACAGCAAGCCUCUUUCCCCUGUCUCUUUUCCCCCAUGUCAUUGACUUACUGUAAAAACCGGGCCAGUUGUCCUGUAGAAUAUUCUGCCUUCUGGAUUUGUCCAUUUGUUCCCUUGUGGUAUUGUUUGACUUAUUUUACUACAUCCUGAAUGGAACCCUUUCCCCCUAUUUUGAAUGUAAGUCUGGAAGGAUAAACUUGUCGGCUGUGUUGACAUAUACCAGCAUAGUGAAGAUAGCAGGAUGUGGCUCAUAAUCCAAAUGUGGAGGACCUGGGAGUGCAGUUACUAAUUAGCGUCUACAUGUGGGCUUGACAUAAGGUCCAUGUUAAGGGGUGUUGCAUCUGCUAGGACUCACAAACUUUACUAGACAGAAUCAAAGAUCCCAUAUCAGAAGUCUAUGGGAACAUUCAUUGUGGUAAAAUCUGAUAGACUGAAUCUCCAGACUUGCUUCAAGUAACUGACGUCUCAACUUAAAAGAGACAUUGUCAGAGUUGGAGGCGCCAAGUUCCCUUCUGUUUCAAAUCUUUGCGUGAUGAGGGUGGUUUCUCUGAUGUGGUAAGCUUUGGUUCCCUUCCCUUUUCUUUCCGAAUGAUCACUGGAAUAGAGAGUUGUUAAACAGAUAUGACCUGUGACCCUCUGCAUGGUCUCCUCAGGUAACAACCAGGGUGAAAUCAAAUUGCCCUGAAGGUCCUUUUCUAAAAUUGAGCUAGUGAAAGUUCUGGAAAUAAUGGUUACUUUCUUACAAUGCUAGGUUUUAGAAAAUCUUUGGAUACUAAAUUCAUUCUUUAUGUUUUUUUUUAAUAGACAAAAAGCAGCGGCAUGUUAUGUUGUAUUUGGGCACAAAACUGACCUCCAUCAAUGUACAAAGCUACUGGACUGUUAGGGUUAGUGUAUGAGUUUCCUUGAGCCCCUGGGUGCUGCAGAUAGUUAACAUAUUUGGCUGCUAACUGAAAGGUAGGAGGUUUGAGUCCUCCCAGAGGUACCUCAGAAGAAAGGCUUGGCUAUCUAUUUCAGAAACACCAGCCAUUGAAAACCCUAUGGAUAAAGGAUAAGGGCUGUACAGCCGAUUAAUAUAAUUGAUGUAAGUAAGUUGUAUACCUAUAAAAAGCUGAAUUGGCAAAUGUUGUGUGAUAUAUUUAUAACAACAACAAUGAUGAAAAGAGCAGCGGCUGAGGCUGCUUGUGUACAACCAAAUACCUCAUGGGAUUUAGUUUCUUGAUUUGGAGGUUUAGGGUCGUGUUUUCAUGGGACAUCACAGUUAAUUAGCUUAAUAUCAUGUUUAGUUCUUCUGUUCUACUUCCUAGUUCAUUGCAUACUGCCAGGGGUCUUAAAAACUUGCAGUGGCCAUCCAAAGUAUUGGUCUCUAGUCACCUGGAGCAACACAAGAAGAAGGAGAGUCAGGAAUAGGAGGAGGAAAUGUAAUGAGUGGCUCAUUGCCUUCAUGAACAACUGCUCUCUUUGCCAUGUGACCAGAAUUGGAUGGUGCCCGGCUACUAUCACUGAACAUUUUAUUCAAAGAUUCUGCAGAAGAAUCCUGAUCAAAGGGGGAAAAUGUAGAACAGAAUCUCGCAUCUCAUGUUCUGAAGCCAUGGAGGCUUCAUGAACCCCUUAAACUAUUGUCCUAAGAUCAUCUUUAAACCUUAAACUAAAAAUAUCCCCUGAAAUCUUCUUAAAAUCGAACAAUUGUUCAGCUUAACUAGUAAGGAAUGUCUGUCUUGAGCAUUGUGCUCUUUUAAGAUCUGUCUAUAUGGGAUCAAUAACAACUUGAAAGAUGAGAUAGGAACCUUAAGGGGCAAUGAGUUUAUGUUAACAGGGAAAGAACAGCUCAGAAAAGGAAGAUGAGAAUAUUUCCACAACUUGAAGAAUGUAAUCAAUGUCGAUGAAUUGUACAUGUAGAAACUAUUGAAUUGGUGUAUGUUUUGCUGUGUAUAUUCUCAACAACAACAAAAUAAAAUAAAUAAAUAAAAAAGAAAACCCUAUGCGAUACAGUUCCACUCUGACAUACGUGGGGUAACCAUGAGUCAGAAUCCAUUCAAAGGCAACUGAAAAAAAAUUAGUGUGCUAGGGCUGCCAUAAGAAAGUACCACAAGGGGGUGGCUUACAUCCACAAAAAUGUAUUGUCUCACAGUUCUGGAGGCUAGAAGUCUGAAUUCAGGGUGUUAGCAGAGCCAUGCUCUCUCUGAAGGCUCUAGGGGAAGACCUUGUCUCUUUCGACAUAUCUGGUAGCCCAGAAGUUCCUUGGCUUGCAGCUGCAGCAUAACUUUAUCUCUGCACCGUCUUCACAUUGGCUGUCUUCCCUCUGUGUGUCUCUGUCUUUUCCCCCCUUUCUUAAGGACACUAUCCAUCUUGGGUUAACACCCACCCUACUUAGGUAUGACCUCACGUUAACUGAUAACAUCUUUGAAGACCCUAGUUCCCACCAAGGUCACAUUCAUAGGUAUCAGGAGUUGGGACUUUUGGGGAACACAGUUCAAUCCAUAAUAGUUAUUGGUAUUUAUAGUUACAAAUGAAGCAGUCUAUAUAUUUUCUAUUCCAGCAUUCAAAAAUAUACUAGUUGAAGUUUAGAACUUUCAGUUUUAUGAAGUUUCCUGAAAAACAGCAAGAGCUGUCAUAGAGUUUGGCUAUAAUAUGUGAACUCUGUGUUUCAGUACCAGCUACUUGGGACUAGUAAGGGAAUGACUACUCUUGGUAGCCAGAAAGCUUAAGAGUCAUCCAGUCACCAUGCCUGCCCAUUGCUGACUUUCCCUGGCUACGUGCAGCUGAGGCAGUGCACCCAAGUCGGGCAGAGUGUGAACUUGCUGCAAGGACAGAAGAGGUGGCCUUCCACUUCUCAUCCUGGGAUGCCUGGCCUGCCCACCAUCCAUGAGAAGGUACAGAGUACAGUCGGUGCUCCGUAUCUGCGGGUUCCGCACCUGCAGAUUCAACCAGGUGCAAAUGGAAAAUAUUCAGCGGGGGAAAAAGUUCCAAAAAACAGAACUUGAAUUUUCUGCACCCCGAGCACUCUGCAGAAUCCACAUGAAUGAAACAAUGUGGAGGCAUACCCUGCUGUAGCCUCCUACAACUUCAUAGAUCCCCAGCCUUUCUCUAGCACUCGUGUGAGCAUUGUUCACCUCUCAUCUUGUCAUUGUUCCCUAAACAAUACAUACAGUACUGUAUGACAACUAUUUACAUAGAUUUACGUUAUAUUAGGUAUUAUAAGUAAUCUAGAGGUAAUUUAAAGUGUACAGGAGGAUGUGUGUAGGUUAUAUGCACAUACUACGCCAUUUUAUAUAAGGGACUUGAGCAUCCUCUGGUUUUGGUAUCCGCGGGGGUCUUGGUCCAAUCUCCCACAGAUACUGGAGGGAUGACUGCAUUGCAGCAGGCCCUGGCCCUGGAGAAGCUUGUCGCCUCUAAUGUCCUGUUGCUUUCCAUUUGCCCAGCUGGAGCUCCAUUCCCAGGCUCACUGCAGCUGGAUACCUUCAUCAGCAACCCCAGAAGGCAACUUCGGCUGUGAUUGUUUGUGCAGCAGUAGUACACUGAGAACAACUGCUGCUGCCAGCUCCCUGGUCAUCGUUCCCCACCCCUCCAAGCAGUGUGAAAGAGUUCAUUACAUUUUUAAUCUCCCUGUCCGUUUCUCCCCAAAAGUGUGCUUCGAUGCUUAAAGAGAAGGCACAGAUGUGUACUGUUGGGGCUUCUGAAGAUGGAAUCCCGCUAUGCCCUGCUACUGGACUGAGUGUAAGAAUCCUGAUGCCAUUCAUUCACAUUUCACGUAGCACAUGCUUACCGAGGGCCUCUUCUGUGCCCCACGGCAUUAGACACCUCAGUGUAGGGGCAGGUGGAGCCAGAUGGUGAGCUGAUUCAGGCCCUCUCAGAGCAGUACUCAGGAAGGAGGCUGCCGUAGGGGAUGUUGGGAACCAGGAACCAGGCAGCUUUAGGGGCCUAUGACCAAAAGAGACAGGAGGAGUUCUAGGAGGAGCUGAUUCCUGAGAGAGAAAGUUAGAGGGAGAAGUGAGACUAAAGUUUGAAUCUUGGGGACAUUAAUCAAAGUGAUUUUAAAGCUUUGCUGUUGAUGAUUUUAAAUGGAGAAUUUGAGUACAUGUUUUUUUCCCAGUUCAGUAUUUUGGUUGCCUACAAGAAUAUCUUCUUGCUGGGAAUGGCUAUAUACACUUGUUUUAGAAUACCAGGGGCAGCGGGGGUGGGAGCAGUGGUUACCUUCUUUUCUUAUGCUCUGAGAACUUAGGUUUCCAGGAAGUUGACCAAUUUAGCCACUAAACUGGAAACCCUGGUGGCGUAGUAAUUAAGAGCUAUGGCUGCUAACCAAAAGGUCUGCAGUUUGAAUCCACCAGGCGCUGCUUGGAAACCCUAUGGAGCAGUUCUACUCUGUCCUAUAGGGUCACUAUGAGUUGGACUCAACUCCACAGCAACGGGUUAGCCACUAAACGUGUAAAAUGACCCGGGGCUACACAGAUCCCUCUGUCUCGAUUUGCCUCGAAAGUUAAAGGGGUUAGGAGAAAGAAGAGAAUAUAUUAAUCCCGAGAGUUGAAGAGAGCAAAAAAUCUCUAUUGCUCUUGUAUUUCAAACAUCUCUACCACACGGCCUCAUCCGUUACACUGUAUUUAGGUGGUUCACGUGUGCAUAUUCCAUACCCCCAUUUAGGCCAGCACAGGGAUGUGUUACCCCUUCUGCUCCUAUAUCGUUUAUUCCUGCCCCAAACUCAUCAAAAUCUUCCCUAAUUCUUCAAGGCCCAUUCCCAGAGCUGAGCCCUGAAUCUGUUCUUUCUCUCUUAGGACACCAGAGAAUUUUGCUUUUCCCCUUUAUAUGACACUUCACCUUAUUCUAGCACAUUAUUAAGGGCCUUUGUACACCAGACGGGCUUUUUUUGAGGCAGGGAGGGGUUUUGGCCUAUCCCUACUGUCUCCCAGCUUUAGCCUGGAGCUUCAGAGUUGCUGGCUGCUCAUAACCCUUUUGCUCAGCUGAGGUGCCCAAACUCCAGGGAAGAGAAAAUCUGUGGGUGAGAGACUUGGGGAGAAUCCCUCGCCCAGGGGCCUGCAGGCUAGUAGCAGGUACUGGAAUGCCCCAAGAGUGACCUCAUAAGGUGAGAAUUCUCUUCCUGGACCCUUCUUGGCUGCCUAUUAGAAUCCAGAUGCCAAGGAAAUCCCUAAGCAGAGAUUUUCUGUUGGAUGAUAAAAGCAAGGAAUAAAAAUUGAGAAUUUAGAAAAUGUCUCUAUUCUAUUAUCACCCAAGCCACGCGAGACGUGUUUCUACUACUCUGUUUGAUUCUACAUCAAGCAUGUUCUGUGUGCGACUCAGGAGUUUUAGGAGGAAAGAUACUGAGCUUCGGGCUUUUGUGCAGAGAGUCAUAGCGGGUCCUCUCUUUAAGAUAAUUAUGAUCAGCACCAUCUCGAUGAAUGCCUUUUUUGUGGUCUUGUGGACCAACUAUAAAAUAAGAUUCCGCUUGUUCAGACUUUUCGAGAUCUCGGAGGUCCUUUUUGUGUCCAUCUAUAGCACCGAGUUCUGCAUGAAGGUCUACGUGGACCCCAUCAACUACUGGAAGGAUGGCUACAACCUGCUGGAUGUGCUCAUCAUCAUCAUUAUCUCAAUCCCCUAUGCCCUCCGAAAGAUCAAGGGCAAACAUUACCCCUACCUCAACAUUGCUAAUGGCAUGCAGUCUCUACGCAUCCUCAAGCUUAUCACCUACAGUCGGGGCAUCCGAACGCUCAUCAUCGCCGUGGGGCAGACAGCCUACACCGUGGCCUCAGUGCUCAUCCUCUUCUUCCUCCUGAUGUACAUCUUCGCUAUCUUAGGCUUCUGCCUGUUUGGAGCUCCAGAGAUGGGUGACCAGAAUAACUGGGGGAACCUGGCUGUGGCCUUCUUUACCCUCUUCAGCUUGGCCACGGUGGAUGGCUGGACAGACCUGCAGCAGGAGUUAGAUGAUCGGAAUUUUGUGCUGAGCCGGGCAUUCACCAUUAUCUUCAUCCUGCUUGCCUCCUUUAUCUUCCUCAGCAUGUUUGUGGGCGUGAUGAUCAUCCAUACAGAGGACUCCAUCAAAAAAUUUGAGCGGGAUCUGGAGCUGGAGAGGCACAUGAUCCUCAUGGAAGAGAAGCAGGUGAUUCUGAAGCGGCAGCAGGAGGAGGUCAGCCAUCUGAUGCAGACCCAGAAAAACGUUGACUAUAAAAGCUUCAGUGAGCUGGUGGAGAACUUCAAGAAGACCCUGCAGCACACUGACCCCAUGGUCUUGGAUGAUUUUGGCACUAGCCUACCCUUCAUUGACAUCUACUUGUCCACUCUGGACAACCAGGAUAAUACUAUCUACAAGCUUCAAGAGCUGUACUAUGAGAUGGUGCAUGUUCUGAGACUGAUGCUUGAAGACUUGCCCAAGAAGCAGCAGUCCCAGUCCUUGGAAGUAGCUGAGAAGUAGAUGGGUAAGGAGCACCCAGGCACUGAGAGCGUCCCAGGCUGCAGCAGGCCCCCAUUAAACACAGGCCUUUUGAGUGACCUCUCCAUAGCUGUGUGAUCAUGGUGUUUGCCCAUGUUUGGGGAUCGGGCUUGAGUAGGUACUCAUGAAGUCUGAUUCCCUGGAACAUAUCCACCUCCCACCGACGUGACACUGCCAGAUGUAAGGAGUGGGGAGGGAGAGUAGGGUCAACACUUGCCCUGGCCAGAAGCCACAUCCAGUGGCUACACUGGCUCUAGCCUCCCUUGACCCCAGCAACAAGGACCUCUGGGCUCCAGGGAAGCUGUCUGACAGUCAUUCAUCUUCCCAUCCAUAUACUGACUGCCACUGACUGAGCUGGGCUGGGUGCUGGGGUGCCGCAGUGAGAAACCCACAGUCCAGCCCUGGCCGUCUUGAGCUCAUGGUUGAGUAGGGGACACAGUAAUCCAGCCAGACCUGAUGAGAGAAUGUUUCCCUGAAGAAGUGACAAUAAUUGUUACAAUGCAGUGAGCACAUGUCUUCUAAGAAACUAAAAUCAUUUCCAUUUGCAAAUGUUCACCACACUCUCAGGGCCAAGUUGAGAAUUGUGACAAUGAGGCCCAGAAGGAUGGCCCAUGAGCGUGAACCCCAUCUCCAUGUGGGGGAGCCCUCUGAAGAAAAGGAUGUAGCUUAGCUGCUUUCUGGAUGGAGAGAACUUUGCACCAAUGCCCAGAGGAGGCCUGAAGUAGGUAGGGUGUUUGUGCCCCUCUUUGUAGGGGGAGAAGCUCAGGGCCCUACAUGUCAGUGCCUGACUGUGAAGGAGUCGACUCCAGGCAGGAAGCCUUAGUGUGUUCAGGUGAAUGGGUUUCCGGAGUGCUUGAGCGCAUGUAGCCCCAUCAGUAGGGCCGGCAGGCCCCAGGCAGUGGCUCCAACUCACCUCUCAGGGCUGGGCAAAGCAGAUAUUGCCAACUGCUCACACUGGGUGUGCCCAGGAUGCUCAGGGAACUGUUAAAACACAUCCACCUGCUCUCAGCAGGAAUCUGGGAACGAACAAAAGGGUUAAAAAGUUACCUCAAAGGGAACAAAGUUGAAAGAGCCAUGAUUUUGGAGACAGGAGACCUGGGUUCCUUAAGUGGGUGACCUUGGGCAAGAUGUCUGAUCUUCUUAAGCCUUGGCUAUUCCUUCUGAGAAAUGGGAUGACAAAACCAGCUAGCUCUAAGGAUCAAAUACAACACAGUACAGUCAACUGUGGUUUGUGCUUCCCAGCCAUCAGCCUUCUACCCUGCCACUGGGAGGCCAGCUGCAGUGGGGUGUGCACGCCUCUGCUUCUCAUCCAGAUGGGGCCAACAUCAAGGCAGCAGGAGGGAAACAUGGGGCUGAGGGCAGGAAGCAGAGGCCAAGAGCCAGCAGAAGCAGGUGUGAAUGGGUUCCUAGAUGGAGCUGGUGCCGGAUGGGCAGAUGGCACUUCAGACCUGGAUGAGUCGGGUCCUGGGCCCAGCAGGGCAGCCCUGGGCAUGGACCUCUGAGUGUGGUGUGGGAGGGCAAGUGCCUCUAAGGGCAUAAGUAGACAGGCUGUCACAGAGCAGAGCACUGGGAGGGGUGACGUGCAGAGGGCCAACCCAGCCCUGCUGGCAGAACCAGCUGAUGGAUAUUUGGCACAAAGUCCCAAAGCAGCAUUUCUGUUUGGCUCUAUUUGCCUGCAGAGCAAACACUGGCAGAUUGGAAUUCCCACUUGGGCUCUCCCCAACUCAAACAGGCUUGGCCAAAACUUUCAAUUGAUUUGCCUGGGGCAGAAGUGGCUCUGCUUGCCCAGGCCCGGCUGUGGAAAGCAGGAUGCUUUUCCUAUCUCCCACCCUGGGAUCCAGCAGGGCUGUCCCCAGAUGGCUCAUUUAUCACCAUUCUGCCAGCCUCGUGGCUUGGGGACUGCAGGGAAAUGCAGGGGCCCCUGGCCUGAGUCUUCCUCUGGUCACACCCAGUCCCUCCCCCAGCUCUUGUGGGAGGGAUCUAGAGCCCAAGGUUGGAGGUGUUUGGAAAGUGGCUGGAUUUUUUAAAACUGCUUGUUGAUUUCCCCAGCAGAAAGCUGGGGACCCAGGCCUAGACUAGGAAUAUAAGCUCUCCUGUUUAUUCUAACAGCCCCAGGAAAUCCAAUAGUGAGAGGCUGGAGACUAUACACCUUGAUGUUUUCUUCUAAUGCAGGUGAGACAGGAUACCUCCCAAAACACAUUGUCCUUCAACAGGUCCGCUUUUGCUCCUAGUGGUGUCUCCUCCUGUUUUGGUCUCUGUCCCAGGUGCCAAACUGCCUGGGCCUGCUCCAUUGUCCCACAGACUCUUGAGACAGAGGUGACUCUAAGUUCUAACGAGACUACUCAGAGAGGCAAGGUGAUUGUUGUUGAUUCUAGUCCUAUAAACUCAUUUCCAUCAAGGUGAUGCCGACUUAUAGUGACCCUGUAGUACAGAGUAGAGCUGCCCCAUAGGGUUUCUAAGGAGUGGCUGGUGAAUUCGAACUGCCGACCUUUUUGGUUAGCAGCUAAAGCUCUUAACCACUGUACCACCAGGGCUCCGAUUCUAGUCGUAGGGUUGUAAAAUGGGGAAAAGGAGCUAAAUCUAAUGAAGCCAGAUUUAUUAACAAUGAGAGUCCUCACUCUUCCCCACACUCCGCUAGAAAGAAUUUUGUCUCUGCUUGGUCAGCUACAUGCCUCCCCUCCCACGAGUUCUAUUUUGACUGUAUUUAUUUUAGGCUUUUGGUGAUAUAGUAUGAGGAGAAUGGUGGGGAAUCAGAACUAGAGAGCUGGAAGAAAAGGGCAACAUUCUUGCUUCCUAGGUCUGCCCCUGGAUUCUCCAUGUGGAGAACCAGGGUAAUGGGCAAAACAGAGAGCAAACUGAGACACCAGCAAGACUUGGUUAAUUGACACAAUAAAGAGCUGGAGCCAGGGAGUGAAGAAGGAAGUGAAAGCUGAGAACUGGGAGUCAGAAACUUUUGGAGAGAGGCUGGUGUGAGUUCUGGAAAGGGGGAAAUGGGGAUUGAAAGUGUCCUUGUGGAUUAAGAAUUGGAUUCACUUCGAUGUUCUUUGAGAGAGGCAAAUAAUGGUUGGAAUUAUUUUUAGGUUACUUAAGGUUGCUGUAAUGUGCCUUUUUUUUUUAAAAUAAUUUUUAUUGUGCUUUAAGUGAAAGUUACAAAUCAAGUCAGUCUGUCACAUAUAAGCUUAUAUACACCUUACUACAUACUCCCACUUACUCUCCCCCUAAUGAGUCAGCCCGCUCCCUUCUUCCAGUCUCUCCUUUCAUGACCGUUUUGCCAGUUUCUAACCCUCUCUACCCUCGCAUCUUCCCUCCAGACAGGAGAUGCCAAUACAGUCUCAAGUGUCCACCUGAUACAAGUAGCUCACUCUUCAUCAGCAUCUCUCUCCAACCCAUUGUCUAGUCCCUUCCAUGUCUGAUGAGUAGUCUUCAGGAAUGGUUCCUGUCCUGGGCCAACAGAAGGUUUGGGGACCAUGACCACCGGGAUUCUUCUAGUCUCAGUCAGACCAUUAAGUCUGGUCUUUUUAUGAGAAUUUGGGGUCUGCAUCCCACUGUUCUCCUGCUCUCAGGGGUUCUCUGUUGUGCUCCCUGUUAGGGCAGUCAUCGGUUGUGGCCGGGCACCAUCUAGUUCUUCUGGUCUCAGGAUGAUGUAAGUCUCUAGUUCACGUGGCCCUUUCUGUCUCUUGGGCUCAUAGUUAUCGUGUGACCUUGGUGUUCUUCAUUCUCCUUUGAUCCAGGUGGGUUGAGACCAAUUGAUGCAUCUUAGAUGGCCGCUUGUUAGCAUGUAAUGUGCCUUUUUUUUAAUGGAACCCCAGGAAUAGAUUAGACGAUGUGGAACCUGGAUUAUAUUCGGGUUACAUAAAAGAUCACCCUGUGUAAUGGAGACCUCUCAGGCUAGAAAUCAAGAAAUGUGCAGAGGGCUUUAGCUAUCAAUGCAUGCGUUUAGCUAUCAUGCAUUGAGCCCCCUAGCUAGGAUCUGAGGCCUCUGGAUGAAAUACCACCCAGAGUGUGCAGCAACAAGUGUGACUAGCUUUUGCAAAAUGAAGCUCAAGUCUCAAAAGGUAAGAGUGGCAAGAGGGGGAUGAAGAGCGUGUGCUAAAACUCUUGGAAAGAAACCAGAAGAUAACUCUAGCCAGUGUAAAACAGCAGACAGGCACUGCCCUUCCCUGUCCCCCCAUUCAGCAACCUGAGAGGACUACUGUCCCCUAGAAUUGAGGCUUGAGAUAAAAAGACCUCCUCAAAAAUUGCCCGUGUGCCAGAGAAGAAGGCGUCCAAGUAGAGGUUAGGCCUGGGCUACAAAGGUACAGCCGAGUUCUCCUUGUUGACUAUGGAAAUAGUGCCUCUUGUUUCGCGGCAUUUCUGUGCACAAGAUACUUUCAUAGCAUGAUUCGAGUCUCAUAACAACCCUGUUAAACAGGUAUUUUCAUUACUCCCGUUAAACAGAUGGUAAAACUGAGGUUCAAAGAGGAGAUGUAAUUUACCCGAGGUUGCACAAUUAAGAGGGAAGGAACCAAGAUUCACAACCAAGUUUGUCUAGCUCUUUAACCACUCUGCUAGAAUGCUGUGCGGCAGUCUUCUGAGGAAAAUGUCGUGUCCAUUUUAUAGGUAAGCAAGUCGGCCCUCAGAGAGACUGUCUUGACCAAGGCAAGAGUCUUUAAAAGGCAGAGUCAGUAUUUGAAUACCAGUCACACAUGUACCCCUCUGCUCCACUACGUCAUAGCAAUCUUGUUAUUAUCAAAGCUGUUUAUUGAACUUCAGAAACCAAGCCAUGAUUCCUUUCUGAGCAGGGCUUGGCUCUGAGAGGCAGGAGAGUGGCCCCUCAGGCAGGCCUGGUUUGCCACUUCCCUGGCACCUUCUCACUACCCUGUUGAGGCUCUGAAGUCUGCGAGCCCAGUGGCUCCUGGCUUGGACCUAGGAGCCACAGUGAUUGAGACCAUGCCAGUAGGAAGCAAUCAGUGUGUUCAGAUGGGGUGGUGACUGCGGGCCUAAUCAGGAAAUUAGAGCCUGGGCAGAGAGGGGUUUGGCUUAGAUGCCGCCUUUCCCUGGGUUUCAGUAAAGCAGGCCCACACGGAGGCUUGGCUGGCAGAUGGGAUGCACUGAGCAGGCAUGACUGGGCCUUAGCAGGCAGAACUCGCUGGCUUGUCAGUGGCUAUGUGAGGCUGUCCCCAAGGUCCGGAAGUUUGGCCUCUGUACUGGUGACAUUAUACUCAGCCCUUUCUGGCCCUCUGCCUAUGCUUGCAUCCACUGUUAGCUCAUUCAGCAGGGGUGGGAGCUGUGGGCACCUGGAAGGAGGCAAUUGGUUUGUAUAUGGUUUUCUUUGGCCUGACCCUUGAAUGAGCAAACAGAGGAGUGAAAGAAUUGUCCUGUAGGAAAACCCAUUUGCAGAACUGUACAUACAUGGCACCAUCUGUAUUUAAAAAAAAAAAGGAAAAGGAAAAAUAUAACCACACACACAAAAUGGCAGUGAGAUAUUUUUUCUUUUUCAGGUGGCAAAGAUGAUAGACAAAACCCAGUUAUCAGCAGAGGUGUGGGGAACGGGUACCUUACACACUUUUGGCAGUGCAAGUUGAUGUGGCCUUCCCAGAAGGCAGCAUGUUUUAGGUUUUAUGUAUGUGUUCCCAUGGACCAGCACUUCUGGUUCUAAAUCACCCUAAGGAGCCAAAUGACAAAGUCACAGAAAUGUACAGAUUAGAACGUUUACCAUGGCCUAUUAUAAGAAAAACAAAACAAGACAGGGAAUGACCUAAAUGCCCAUUGAUGAGGAAACUGGUGAAAUGAUUAUGAAUCCAUACAUGUGGCCAUUAAAAAUAAUGAUGCGUUGACAAGAAUAGAUGUUCUCGGCAUUUUGUUGAGUGGAAAAAGCAGACUGGAGCAGCAGGUGAUAGGAUAGCUUUUCUGUAACGGCAAGUGAGCGUGUAUACCGUAUGUGCACACAGACACGUGCACGUGCUGAGGGAGGUCUGGAGGAUCAUCACCAAAAUAUUAGCAGUGGUUUGGGUGAUCUUUUUGUCCUCACAUUUUUCUGAAAUUUUGAAUUUUUAAGAAUGAACACGUACUUUAUGAUUAGGAAUGACGGACAACAUAGUUUUCACCGUGAAAAGGAAAGGCAUUAAGCAGUGUGUGUACACGCCAGUUGUGUGCGCGCUGUGUGUGCACGCAUGGGGCAGGUGGAAGGGCGUGCCAGGCAAACAGAACCACAUGCACAGAGGAAAAGCUGCAGGAGCUUGCAGAGAGCGAUGAGAAGUUGGUGUGGCUACAGCCUGCGGUGUGGGGCGGGGGGAAGGGGAGCAGAUCAUGAGGGCCGUCAGUGCUCAUCUUGGCCCUGUAAGCUUUGGUAACAUGAGCCAUAAAGGACCGUAAGCAAGACACUGCCCCGGCCAGACUUGAUUCCUGCUGCCACUCUGACAGUGGCAGUAUCCCCAUCACCUGGCACUGAAGGCUUCCCUAUUCUGUCUCCUUCUCUUCCCGUAUUUCCCAGGGCUCCCCUUUGCCUGGCUCAGUCUAGCCUCCACUCCUGCAUACUCGUUCCCAGUCCUGCCUGUCCACAAGACUCAGCACCAAACCCUAACAGGAGCCUUCCCAGAUUGGUCCUGUUAGCCUUAAUUUCUCCUUUAUCACACCCUCAACGUUGACCUUUUAUACCUGACCUUCAAUCAGACCUCAGUUCCUCCACCCAUAGAUACUUCUUCUCCCAACACCAAUCAGGAAGGGUUAUAGACUAAGAGGUUAUGCCCUGACACCUGAUGCCAGUGACUAGACUGUCUGAGAUAGGCCAGCUUCAGUCCUGAUGUGGGGAGAAAGUGGACAGGAAAGAGACCCAGUAGUUAUUUUGAGCCUAUUAUGUCAUAGGUGAAGUACUAAACACUCUAUGUACCUUUUUACAUUUAUCCCCAUUUUACAGAUGAGAAAACUGAGGUUCAGAAAGGUUAUGUAACAGCAAAUAAGCAGUGGGAGCUGUAAGUUGAAGCCAGGCUCUAAUUCCAAAGCCCUUACUCUUAGCCUUUUUGGUCUACUUAUCUCCUGCCUUCACCCCCUGGAGGUUGACCGGGCUGGGGCUGGGUUUCCCUAGGCCUGAGGUGGAGCCUUCUUUUACCUUGCUGCUCAGGGCCCUUUGGAAAUGCAGAAGGCUGACAGAAAUCCAGGACUCCAGGGACUACAGGGUGGAGAGAUGAUUCCUUCUUACUUAAGUAAUAGUUCUUGACCUAGUCACGAACUGGGGGGCAACGCAGCAUCCCUGCUGAGGCCUUGGGGGUGCCGUUAUGUCCAAGAAAAUAAAGCAAGAUACUUCCCUUAUGAGGUCUGCCUGGUCAGGGGAACUAUGGGGGGAAAGGAGGAGGCGGGUAAUGGCGACUGACAUGUUGAUCAAGAAAGGGCUUCCUGAUUCAGAAAUUCUCCAGUGGUAGUACGUCAGUGAGAUGAUAGAAGGCAGCCCACCUGAACACCAUUCAGGGCCUGAGCUUCUUAAAACCUGUCACAUCCAGGGUCUGUUUAGACCCUUACAAUGAACUCUGAGAGGCAGGCAGAUCCAGUACCCAGGGGACCUUGGGCUCCAUGAAGGGAAGGUCAUGUCUGAGGAGAAGCCUAGCCCAAGGACUAGGAGCCAGGCCGCUUGACUCUGGAGCAGCCCUGGCCUCCUCCAGGCAGGUACACCAGCCUCAGCUCUAUACAUGCCUUGAGGGACUGAGUGCAUCUCUAUGAGCCUGGGGGGGCUAGGUGGGCCUUGGCAGCCCCACCCUGGGCUCUGGACUCUGGGAGAGUGGAGAAGCUUUGGUGGGGUUGGUACCAAGUUUGGAAGAAGCCAGAUGUUCACUGUAAAUUGUGUGUGCUGUGUACUCAAUACCAGCCAUGGUGACUCAAUAGAAAUGCCAGCUUGAGGUAGAGGAGGGAUCCUCGGUCACACCGGGUCUGGGGUGAUCUUUUGUGUAAACAUAUCCUUUAUUAAAUCAGAUUUACUUAAAAGGAGAGAGAGGUGUGUGCAUGCGUCUGUGCGAGCACGAGUGUACACAAAGGGCUGAAGUACCAGUGGGGAUGAGCAUCCAUCCAGUGUGUUCUGGAAAGUUCCCAGAUAAGCCACAGGCAGGAACAGUUUGGGGAGGCCCUUGCUGGGCGCCACCACAACCUGGCAGCCGGUGCAGUGGCCAGCCACCUUGUGGCUGCAGCGUCUGGAAGGGUUCGCCAAGCACUUUCUGUGAAGUCACUGGGACGUUAAGCCCUUGGUUCAAUUAAAUGAGUUAAUAAGCUUCGUCUGAUUCUGUUGAAUAAUAAUAAUAUAAUGUGAUAAUAGCACUAAUGGUGCUAUUAGCUGUGAUUAUCACACGUGCCCGCACCAUUCCAGGCACGGAGGGGAGGCGCAGCAGACAUUUUCCACUCAUAAAACCCCAUUCUUCAAAGCCUUUCCAGCCCAACUCCCUAUAUCCAUUUUCGGGACAAAUUACCAACACUUAAAAAAAAUUGGGCCAUUUUUCGUGAAA